AUGUGCCGCUGGUUCGCAUACAUCUCGCCAACCGAGCCAUGUCUCCUGUCGGACGUCCUCAUCACACCUAAACACUCUCUCACCAACCAAGUCAACGAUCACUACCUGCCCGGCCUCAUCGCCCACCUACCAAACAAAACUACCGCAGAACACGAAGCCAAUGCUCGCAACCGCAUCCUCAACGCCGACGGUCUUGGUGUCGCCUGGUACACUUCUUCCUACAGCGACUUUGAAAGAGGCAUCACAGACGAGAGCGAAGACGGCAAGCCCCACGAAGGCCUCAGACCCGCCAUCUAUAAGACCAUCCAGCCCCCGAAAGGCGACAUGAACUACCGUUCCAUCUGCACCAACACCGAAACCCGCUGUGUGUUCGCUCACAUCCGUGCUACGUCCGAGAGCGCUGUCGCUCACGUCAACAACCAUCCCUUCAUAUUCGGAAAAUUUGCUUUCAUGCACAACGGAGCAAUCUCGGACUUCACCUCGAUCAGACGCGCUAUUUGCGACAUGCUCGAUCACGACACAUAUGCCAACAUCCAAGGAACCACCGACAGCGAGCACAUUGGUGCGCUCUUCAUGCACUUCUUAUCCUCAGGAAAAGGCAAAGACACCUGGGACGAGAACCACUCCGUCCACGCCAUAGCACACGCGCUCCACACAGCCAUCAAGACCGUCUGCAACCUGCAAAAGAAGAUUCUCGGAGCCAAGAGAAGACCGAACAGCUUGAACCUGGCAGCCACCGACGGCACCCAAAUGGUCGCAUGCCGCUUCCGCAACCACAAGGAAGAGCAACCNCCAAGCCUGUACUUCUCGACCAGAGCCGGCACCACUCUGAAUCGCAAGUACCCCGACCAUCCCGACGGAUACGACAGACCUGAUGAGGGUCCGAGAAAGAACGAGCAAGAGCACGGAAAACAUGUCAUUGUUGCCAGUGAGCCCAGCACAUACAUAGAAGAGGACUGGAACAUCAUCAACAAGAACCAAUACCUCAUCGUUCACAAGGAUGGCAGGUUUACACUGCAGAAUAUGCUCUACUCUGAGUCAUGGAAUGCUGAUGAUGCAGAGGCUUACCAAGCAGCCAUGGCCGAGGCCGAAGAUCAGAAGACAAUCACAGCUGAGAUGGAGUGUCUGAAGGCAAACAUUGCUGGAACAGAAGGUCAUUAG